GCUUUCCUGAGGAACAACACAACUAGCUACUGGUGUUUCUGGGUCUUGCUAAUGAAUCCACUCUUAAGUGAUCAUUAAAGCCUUAUGUUUGCGUAACACGAAGCGUAGAGACCUCUGAAGGAUAUGUGAGCUCCCGAGAGGAAGUUUGGGAUGGGGGGUGGGGGGGUUUUGCGCUGAGACUGAUCCAGAAUCAGAUUAAUGGAAGGCAGCUGUUGAGGGUUUGACAGACAGACGGAUCGGAGCACUGCUGCGAAGCACAAGCAGAUUCAAGUCUGCAGAGGAGUGUGUCAGCUCACACUGAAACAGCAAGGAUGGUGCGUGAGCAGUACCUCACCACCACAGAUGAGUCUGGGGCUCUGGCUCCAGUCACUGAGUACAUCUACAUGAUCGGCAUCUACGGCUGGAGGAAACGCUGCCUCUAUCUGUUUGUUCUGCUUCUCCUCAUCAUUCUGGUGGUGAACUUUGCCCUCACGAUCUGGAUCCUGAGAGUCAUGUGGUUCAAUACGGAAGGCAUGGGAUACCUGCAGGUCAAUGAGGAUGGACUGAGACUUGAGGGAGAAUCAGACUUUUUGUUCCCUGUCUAUGCCCAGGAAAUUUACUCCAGAGAGGAUUCAGCUCUUCUGGUGCACUCCUCUGAAAACGUUACGCUCAAUGCUCGCAAUGACAAUGGUGAUGUAACAGGAAGUGUGUCUGUAGGUCCCAGUCAGGCCGAGGGUUUUGGCCAACACUUUAAUAUCAGUUCCAACCAUGAUGAAAAUUUAUUUUAUGCAGAUAUAAAUGGAGCCGUUGUGGGAAAAGGAAAGCUCCGUGUAACAGGUCCAGAAGGUGCUAUCUUUGAGCAUUCUGUCAGGACUCCAAUGGUCAAAGCAGUACUUAACAAAGAGCUAAAACUAGAGUCUCCAACACGCUCUCUCAGCAUGGAUGCCCCAAAAGGCGUUCACGUCAAAGCCUUGGCUGGAAAUGUCGACGUGACAGCACACUUUGAUAUUCAGCUACACUCAACUGCAGGACUGUUGAUUUUAGAUGCUGAAAGUGUUCGUCUGCCGACGUUACCUGUGGGAGAAGCCAGAACGUCAGGUGUCUCUCAGGGAAUGUACGACAUAUAUGAAGUGUGUGUUUGUCCCAGCGGUAAGCUCUUCAUCUCCAAAGCUGGCGUCUCCUCGACCUGCAGCGAGAGCCAGGACUGCUGAAUGACCUUCUGUCCUUAACACCCCCACACUACAAACAAAUCAUGCUGUUACACUGUAUUGGGCAAGGUUAAAAAAAAAAAAACAUCACGCUAUGUAUUAACAUGUUACUGAAGAUCAGAGGGUACAUUCAUCUGUUUGGCUGGGGUUUUAUUAUGAUAGGGAAGAUGAAAUAUACAGUAUAUACAACACACCAUGGCAAUUUGUAACUAUUUAUGUUUUGGUGAAUUGGUGGUUAUAAAUUCAAACCUAAUAAAUUUGAAUCUAAUUCUUAUGUUUCCAUACAAUCUGCCUACUCCCCACUGACGUUUAGGUUUAAGGGAGGACCCUUAGGAUUAUUAUUAUUUUAAAAUAUGUCUAUGUAUGAAUCACAUUGUAUGAAUUCCUACAAAUCGCCUCGUAAAAUAGUUACAUUUUCUAAUGAGAUCAUUGUAAUUUUUUUCUCCUUUUUUUGUAUAAAAAUUGUUCAAAAUUAGGCUGGGCAAUAAAGGCGCUGGUAAACAGCUGACAUCCUAUGCAAUAUAAUUUUGAGGUGCAAUAAAUAACCAAAUUCUGUGUGUUGCAUAUCAGCUAGUUAUUGUUUAAAGAUGUGCUCAUUAAAUGAUUACAAAUAAAAUACUUAUGUGCUUCUCUGAGGGUUAUCAUAUAUACUUCUGAAAUCAGUUUCAGUUUUUUUUAUUAAGUCAUGUAUAAUAAUGAAUUUCUGUCUGAAGAACUGCACUACCCACAAUCCUGAAGAAUUAGCUUUGAAUUCUUCUGUUAAGCAUUGUAAUAUGUGUGUUAGUGCCAAAACAGCUGGGGUAUUGUGAGUAACCACAUUCUGUUCUGUAUGUAAAACAUCAACAUAAUUGAUCUAGUAAAAAUAAAUAAACUACUGUAAGAUAUAAA